CUCCUCGGCGGCGAUAAUCCGUCCCCAAGUUCAUUUGAAGUUCACGAGAGGCUUCAUUUUGAUGGUUUCCGAUCGGUUUUAGUGCACGAUUCCGACACUUCUCGGUCGCGGUGCAUGCGAACUACGCUCAUCGAUUUUUAUUUGUUUUAUUCUUUUCUGAAGCGGUUGCAGAAUUUUGGGGAAUGUUUCCACUCUGGCACGGGAUUUCGUUUCACAGUCUUCAGCAGCGGGUGUCACAUGGUUACGUGAAACUUUAGACACAGGGAGUUCGUCGAGAAACUGUAUCUCAAAAUUAGCUGGCUUCAAUUGAGCACCUCGGAUAUUCGAGUUCGCGUUCUCGGGUUUUUUGUUUUUUGAUUUUUUUUGUUUUGUUUUGUUUUGUUUUUUGUUUUUUGUUUUUUUUUUUGUUUUUUUUGUUUUUUAAAAAUUUUCCGUUUUCGGGAGAUAUGAAUUGUCUACAAGCAUUUUCCAGUUUUCGUCUUCCGCAGCCAUGUUCGCGAGCACUUGCUCGAAUUCGAGCUCCCCAGCCGUUUAGGACGCUGGUGCUCGUGCACGGGACACAAACUAGCAUACAAGUGAAAUUGACGAAGUGUAGCUCGAAUUGGAGCGUUUCGAGGCAAUGUCGAGGUCCUCGGUGGGUGGACUCUCAGGGUUGUGUGCGAAGUGGAUCGAGAUGGCGCACGGUUCGUCCUCUUGCAAGCCUACAAGAGGCGGAGAAGCCGCAGAAUGCAGAAAGCGAAGAAUUCAGAGAGGUCAUGGACGUGAGCAAGGAAGCUGGGAAAGCAGAGAAGAAGGGCGGGGAGAAGUCGUCAAACACUCCUGAGAAACCGGAGAUGUGCACGGCUGAUGAGCUACACUACGUGCCUGUGCCUGGCACUGCGUGGCGGCUCGCUAUGUGGCGUUACCUUCCAGCCAAGAAUGCUACGAAAAGAAAACAUCCCGUUUUGAUGCUUUCCGGAAUUGCAACAAACGCGUUCUGCUUUGAUCUCGCCCCUAACGUCUCGUUGGCGCGGUAUUUAGCAGAUGCAGGAUUUGACACUUGGAUAUUGGAGGUCCGGGGUGCAGGACUAAGCAAGCGAGAGGGUGAGCCUUCUGCAGUUGAGGUAGGGGUUUCGGGUGGGGCUCUUAGUGGAACGAUUCAAGAGAGUGUUGUUGGGGCAGCUAUCGAAGGAGCCACUAGAGCGACUCCACACAUGGAAAAACAGAUUGAAGAAAAACAUGUGGAGAUUAGCGAAGGAUCAUUGACAGCAAGUCCAAGUGCUGCUUCAGUUGGUUCUAGUAGUUCAGUUGAUUGGAAUGGUUCAAGUGAUAGAUCUUCUGUAGGCCAUGAGAGUGCCCCUGACAACCAGAGAACUAGUUCGAAGGAUGAAGAAGUUGAAAAAGCUGAGGAAGUCCUUGAGGACAGCAUUAGGAAGGAAUCAAGGAGAAAUGACCCGAAAAAUUCAUGGGUGAUGAGUACGGUGAGUAGGAUAGCAGAAAGAUAUGAGCGUCUAGUGCGCGUGAAUAAGCCUCAUCUUCUUCCAAACAAAUUUUUCAAUAAGAUUACAUCCCUCUUUGAACAAAAUUAUUUAUACACGCGUAUUUGGAAGCUAAAUCAAUCCUUGACGAGCCUUUUGAAUGGGAAGAAAACGAGUGCAGCACUGGAUCAACAAUUAUCGAAUGCAACAAAGAGUAUAGAAAGUUUGGUGGAGAGAAGUCAACGUUCGUUCUCGCCGACUUUUUCUAGCCUGCAGGGAAGACUGAACACAACAGUUGGUAGUGUCCAUGAAGUUAUUGAACUCGUCGCAAAGUACGAUUGGGACUUUGACAACUAUCUUGAGGAGGAUGUACCUGUAGCGAUGGAUUAUGUUAAGAGUCUUUCAGAUUGUCCAGAUGGCAAGCUGAUUGGGCUUGGUCAUUCGAUGGGCGGCAUUAUUUUGUAUGCCAUGCUGGGCACCCGUGCGGACCACGGAUUGAAGGCAGCUGUGACAGUAGCAUCGUCGUUAGAUUAUGGAAAGUCGGAUAGCUCCCUCAAGCUCCUCCUUCCACUCGCGAAUCCUGCUCAACUACUAAAUAUCCCAGUAGUUCCCUUGGGGUUGAUGAUGUCGGCUGUGGCACCCUUAAUCACAAAGCCACCCUACCCACUCGCAUGGAUCGGCUACCAUGUCUCAGCCAAAGGAAUGAUGGACGUGGAAUUGUUUCAAAAGCUAGUGCUGACUAAUUUUUGUACUAUUCCAAUGGGUUUGUUACAUCAACUUCGAUCAGCUUUCGAAAGUGGAGGUCUGAAGAACCGUGAUGGAUCAGUGUUUUACAAAGACCUUCUCAAGGAUUGUGAAGUUCCCGUUAUGGCAAUUGCUGGUAACCGUGAUCUUAUCUGCCCCACUUCUGCUGUAAUUGAUACCACAAAGGUGUUUCCGAAGGGAGUGACGUACAAGGAAUUUGGAAGCGGAAAUGGGCAUUAUUCUCAUUAUGACCUUCUGUGCGGUCGGACGGCGAAGGAGGAGGUUUAUCCCGAAGUGUUGAAAUUUCUUGUUGAGAACGAUGAGUAGAUGAUUACUUGUAGCGGCUCUUGUAGUUAUGGAGUUCAUAGGUAGUGUUGACGUUGUCAAUAUCAGCUUGUAAACUGAAUUUACCAUUAAAUGGUCAUUUGCUUCUAGUACUGGCUGUAGAAGAUGCAAGUCCCAUUCAUGCCAA